CCUACAAUCGCAAUCCACGCAUCCGUAACUCCACACGCCGCAAGGGAAGAAGCAUGCAAGCCGUCGGCGAUCAAUCCGCCCGCCAGGCCCCCGCGGUCAUGGGAUCAUCGAAGUUGCGAUACGCGCUGCGAUCCGCCGCAAGGUCCAAGGACGGGAAGCCGUCGGUUCCCGAACCUACUGUCUCAUCGGCUCCAAAGAGCAAUUUAUUUUAUAGAGGAAGGUCAUCUCCUGCAGUAAGCAGGAGUGUAAAUGUUCUCGACCUAUCAGGAAAGGACAAAUCUGCAAAACCUUCACGAAGGCUCUCGAUUCCAACCAAACCUGCUCAUCCCCCUACUAUCAAAAGCAUGACUCCGAUCUCAGAGGCUAGAGCAAGAAUAUCCAAUAUUCAGGGGAAGAGUGAUACUCCACGGUCAGAUAUAUCAAAGUCCAUGACCAAGCGGAAAUUCAAUGUCCUAUCAUCUGUUUCUUACUGGUUAACACAGAUCAAGCUGUCAGAGUCAGCUUCAUGGCAUUCAAUUUCACUUGGUUUUUUCAAGCUUGCACUGGAAUCAGGUUGUGAGCCUUCCAGUCGAGUGCGAGAAGAGCUUAAAUCAUACAUACAAAGGCAUAACCUUCUGACUGAGCAAAAGGAGUAUGUCAAAGACUUGCUUCAGAACUACAAUAUAGUUGAGGAUUUGGACAAGUUAAAUAUUUCGGAGAGCUGCUCGAAGUUACCUGAGGAGGUGACUCAGAAGUCGGACAAGGACAGAAGCAAAACUCGAAGUAUGAAACCCAAGUCAUUAAACUCAGAAAAUCUUGCUGUUGUUGCAAACUCAAACAAUAAGGACAUUAUUCAAAGGAGACAACCUACAUAUAAAAACCGAGGCUUGUAUUCCAAAGAUGCAGUAAAUUGUGUGCCUAUGAAAGAUACUAACAGUAUUAAUACUCGGAAGAAUUCUCAGAAACCCAGGACAAAACCUGUCAACGAAAAUACAGAAGUUGAGAGUUCACAAAAUCCUACUGAAACAGGUAAUAACGCUAACUCAUCACCUGUGGGGGAGACAUUGCAUGAAAACAAGGAGAAUACGGAUGUCAUAAUUGAGGAAACCAGCUGUGCUGAAGAAAUUCAAGUGAAUUAAACCAACUUCAUAUUCAAAUUUUAUUGCCGAAUGUGAGUAUUGUGGUUUUUUAGUUUGUAAAUGGCUGUCUUGAUGGGUUUGUGAGUUUUAUUGGAGACUUUUUUCUACAAAAAGGAUUAAAGGAGAAGUUUGUCUUCUGAAAUUGUAAGUGUGUUAAUCGUGCUUGUAGUGUUUUGUCAAAGUGAAUUGCAAAUUUAUUGUAGUAUAUUCUACUA